AUGCUCUCUGUUUGCACUCAUCCUACCACAGAGACGAAGGAUUACACACUGAAUGUGAAGAUUGACAAGGAUGUGUCUAACCUAAAUAUCACGGAGAAGACCAGCCAGGAUUACAAAGACUUGAAAGUGCUCGUGGAAUCCUCGGUGAGUGCUUAAUCUGCUAUAAAAGUUGUACAGUAAUUACAGUAACAAAAAUGCAUCAUUUUGGCUGGAAAGACUUAAGUCCAAAAUAACAAAAAGCACACAAAUAUUUAUUUAUUUUAACAUGUGUUAUAUAUUUAUUAAUUAUAACGUGUCAUAAUCACAUAUUUAUUUAUUUAAAAUGUCAAAAGCACAUAUAAAUUUAUUUAUUUUAAAAUGUGUCGUAACUACAUAUAUAUUUAUCUUAACAUGUGUCGUAAGCACAUUGACAUAUAUAUUUAUUUAUUUUAGCAUGUGCUGUAAAUGACACAGAGACCAGUCAUUUAGCCUGCAUGCUAAUGUUUUUUUUCCCUCUAUUGGGUAAAACGCUGAAACUUUGCUAUCAGAUUAUCUACGUGCUAAUUAGUUGAAUUAAGUUGACCAUCAUGUGUCUUUUCCCCCUUCUUUUCGGUAACACACUGACACUUUUGGUUUAAGAUUACCUACAUGCUUAAUAGUUAAGCUAGGCAUAGAAUGAUGUGUGGGGGGGGAGGGGGGUUGCCAGAUGGCUACCUACUUAAUAUUAACGCAAGUCUUUUGUAACAUCGCAAGCAGUGUUAUUAUUAAUAAAUAGUUGAUACUAGCCACAAUGAUUUUAAUGGGGGGGGGGGUGGUUGCCAGAUGGCUACCUACUUAAUAUUAACGCAAGUCUUUUGUAACAUCGCAAGCAGUGUUAUUAUUAAUAAAUAGUUGAUACUAGCCACAAUGAUUUUAAUAUAACAUGAUGCACCCUAAAAGAAAUUCAUCAGAUAUCAAAUAAUAUUACGUGUAUACAGUGGGAGAUUUACACUGAUGAGCAUGGCUCAAUACCUGCAUGGCAACGCUGCUCUUUUGCUUUUUCCUCAUUUGCUAAGAACAUAAUAAACAUGUGCAAAUAUGGUGGGCCCUCCAUAUUCGUCAUUAUUCCAUUCCCGAGGGAAGGACGAAUAUCAAAAAGAACAAUUACCAAACACAUUUUUUUUUCAAUGGAAUGGUCACUCUCCAUUAUGACAUCAUUGUUUGGUAAGGGGGGGGGGGGGGCCACAUUCCAAUAUGACAUUUUUGUUUGGUAGGGGGUUCACCACCAUUUCCAGACACGUCACCAGCACUAGUUCUUUUUUUUAAAAAAAGCUUAAUCCUAUGUUGUUUUUUGUGUUUAGUUCUGUAAAAUUUUCAAAAAGUGUUGAAGCAACUAUGCCGGCAAUGUCAGCAAUAAACAAGGGACUCCACUUCUAAAAACUUUUUAAAAUAUAUAUGUAUUCACAAUUAAAUGCCAGAACAAACAAUCAAAAAACUUGUUCCAGAAAAUCAAGGUCACACAAGCGCCAUGGUCACACAAACACCAAGGUCACACAAACACAAAGGUCACACAAACAACAAGGUCACACAAGCACCAUGGUCACACAAACACCAAGGUCACACAAAUACAAAGGUCACACAAACACCACGGUCACACAAACAAUAAGGUCACACAAACACCAAGGUCACACAAACACCAAGGUCACAAAAACACCAUGGUCACACAAACACCAUGGUCACACAAACACAAAGGUCACACAAAGACCAAGGUCACACAAACACCAAGGUCACACAAACACCAUGGUCACACAAACAAACACCAUGGUCACACAAACAAACACCAUGGUUAAAUGAAUACCAUUGUUACAUAAUUUCUUUAAUAAAUAAUCUGCAAAAACCUGUUAAUAAUAAAAUGAAUUAAAAUAGUUCUUUGAAUCACCGCCCGACACUGAUUAACUCAGGAGGCGAGUUGGAAUAAUAUCGAAUUGUUGGGCGAAUGUUAAACAAAAAUUUCUACAAAAAAACCAGGAUGAAUGUAUAAAAAAAGACGAAUACUGACACGGACGAAGAUUGAGGGUCCACGGUAAUAUUUAUUUCGGGGAAAGUGGAGGGGGAGUUCACACACCAUUUCCCCAGGACUUGACCCCGAUGGCAAGCCAAGGAUCCGUAACAUAACUCCUUAGAGGAUGACGCCGACUGUAAGCACUAAGACAAAUUAAUAGUUUUUUAAAAGGAAAAAAAAAUUAAUGGUAACUAAUUUGCAACCAUUUCUAUUUUCCUAUCCAUCUUAAGCUUUUCACUGAAUUUAGCAAAAAUGUGACAGGCUUGGAUAAAGUGGAGGUGGAAGAUAUGAGGUUUGUAACUCACACAUUUGAUUGCUUACCACGUAUUUGAUUACAUAUUCCAUAUUAUUUCAUCGCUGGCUUUUUUCUUAUCAACCCUAUCAAUGUAAUAAUAAAAAAAGUCAGUCUUAUUGGUUAACAAAAAAAGUUGUCAACAUUUUUACCGGUAGAAUGCUCCUAAUUUCAUCAUUGACAUUUGUCUUCAGAUUGGGCAGUCUUAUAGUGGACUUCCGUGUCAUAGUGGACACUGAAAUAAAUCCUGAUGCUGACAGUAGCAUGGUGGUCGCUGUCGUUGCUAUUAAGACAAGCCUCACCAUUGGCAAUGAUACGUACAACGUGACCAGCCUCACUUACAACAGUGUAGUGGGUAGGUUUCAAAUAUGGAGUGGAAUCCUGUUGUUACCAUUUCAUUGAGCAUAUCUUGUUCCACUAUUUAUUAAUUUUACUAUUUCAUUGAGCAUAUCUUGUUCCACUGUUUAUUAACUUUACCAUUUCACUAAGUUUUACUUACUCAUGUCAUAUUUACACUCUUAAGACUUCUAGUGUAUAUGUUUAAGGGGCCAGAAUUCUGAUAGGGCCAAGUUAAGGCCCCCAAUGCUGAUGGCUCAACAUUUUAGUCCCACUUAAAUUAUACAUUGCAGGCUAGAUUAGAAAACAUGUUGAAAAGGUGUGAGAAAUAUUUUAAUUUAAUUUUGUUUUUAAAUAUCAAGGCCAUUGUUGGAAAUGGAGUAAAAAUAAAUUGAAAAAUGUACAAACAGCCAUUUUCACUUAUCCUUUAACCUUGCAUGCUUGGCCCACCAGAGUGCUGAUAAGUCUGUUGAAUGCACCCUAGACAUUGCACGCCUGGCACUCUGAAUGAGAUGAUUGUCUUCAUUCAAUCACCACUCUGAAUGAGAUGAUUGUCUUCAUUCAAUCACCACUCUGAAUGAGAUGAUUGUCUUCAUUCAAUCACAACUCUGAAUGAGAUGGUUGUCUUCAUUCAAUCACCCAAACGUUGAUGUUAAUGCCAAUGUGUGGUAGAUUUUAAAAAGCAGAGUUUCACUGUCAAACCGACUGUCCCAACUGCACUAUUAAAAAAAAAUCAACCUUUCCCUUAGAUAUUUCUAACAACCAUUGAAUGUAAAUGUUAUCCACAGCCAAGUCUUAUACACCAGAUAGUAUUGAGGAAAGGGUGGGGGAAAAUUGCAAUCAAGCUGUCGAAAGGACCUUGCCAUAGCACAAGAUCUAUGGGAACAUUAGGAGGGAUGAAUCAGUGUUGCCCUUUAGGAGGGACCAAUCAGUGUUGCCCUUUAGGAGGGACCAAUCAGUGUUGACCUUUAGGAGGGACCAAUCAGUGUUGCCCUUUAGGAGGGACCAAUCAGUGUUGCCCUUUAGGAGGGACCAAUCAGUGUUGACCUUUAGGAGGGAUCAAUCAGUGUUGACCUUUAGGAGAGAUCAAUCAGUGUUGACCUUUAGGAGGGAUGAAUCAGUGUUGACCUUUAGGAGGGAUCAAUCAGUGUUGACCUUUAGGAGGGAUGAAUCAGUGUUGACCUUUAGGAGGGAUCAAUCAGUGUUGACCUUUAGGAGGGAUCAAUCAGUGUUGACCUUUAGGAGGGAUCAAUCAGUGUUGACCUUUAGGAGGGAUGAAUCAGUGUUGCCCUUUAGGAGGGAUCAAUCAGUGUUGACCUUUAGGAGGGAUCAAUACGUGUUGACCUUUAGGAGGGAUGAAUCAUUGUUGCCCUUUAGGAGGGAUGAAUCAGUGUUGCCCUUUAGGAGGGAUGAAUCAGUGCUGCCCUUUAGGAGGGAUCAAUCAGUGUUGCCCUUUAGGAGGGAUCAAUCAGUGUUGCCCUUUAGGAGGGAUCAAUCAGUGUUGCCCUUUAGGAGGGAUCAAUCACUGUUGCCCUUUAGGAGGGAUCAUGUUGCCCUUUAGGAGGGAUCAAUCAGUGUUGCCCUUUAGGAGGGAUCAAUCACUGUUGCCCUUUAGGAGGGAUCAAUCACUGUUGCCCUUUAGGAGGGAUCAAUCAGUGUUGCCCUUUAGGAGGGAUGAAUCAUUGUUGCCCUUUAGGAGGGAUCAAUCAGUGUUGACCUUUAGGAGGGAUCAAUACGUGUUGCCCUUUAGGAGGGAUCAAUCAGUGUUGACCUUUAGGAGGGAUCAAUACGUGUUGCCCUUUAGGAGAGAUCAAUCAAUGUUGCCCUUCACCUUACAUCCUGUGACAACAUUUUAAAUUAUCUUCAGUGUCUGAUGAUUCUGACCUUUGCGCUCUACUGACACUUGUCACACCUUGCCAAGACAAUGAGAAGUGUGUCAUCACAUCCAGUGGUGUGCCGAAGUGCCAGUGAGUCUUGCCUUAAUUUUACCUUAGAACACGCACACAUUCCCUAUGUUAACCUCAUGUAACACAAUCAAUGGUUUUUGAGCCGUUUAGUGAACCUUUUUAUUUAUUUCUCUGCUAAAAGAGAAUGUUUAUAAAUGCCAAGACAGUUGAGACACUAAGACACGUGCUGAGAGGCUUUUGCGCCAAACGAUAAAAUACUUCUCUCUCUCUCUUCAUAUUUCCUCAGAUCCAACUCUACAACAGCAUCAUUCAACAGCACGACAGCUACACUCACCAGCACAAGUAAUUUUUCUUAAAUUUUAAAAUGGGACAGUAGUCAACUAUAGUUUACGGCCGAUAAACUGAGACUCUUGUAUUGUUCUUUAAAUAUAGGCUACCUGUACGAAUGUGCCUUUGCUUGACUGAAUGGGUCUUUGCUUGCUCGAACGGGUCUUGGCUUGCUUGAAUGGUUAUUUGCUUGUUUGCGAAAGUCUUUGCUUGUUUGAUUGUGUCUUUGCUUGCUUGAAUGGGUCUUUGCUUGCUCGAAUGUGUCUUUCCAUUUCUUGAAUGGAUUUUGCUUUUUUGAAUGGGUCUUUGCUUGCUUGAAUGUGUCUUUGCUUGUUUAAAUGUGCCUUUGCUUCUUUGAAGUGUUAUUUUGUAAUUUAUACACUGUUUUAAACCUCUAGCUUCUUACCUCGUACCCUUUGUCUUAGUAUGUCAUUUUAAUAUGCGAUUCUAAAGGUUGAGUACACACAAAAAUUAAGAUCUCGACAACAAAAAAGUGGGGGCGGGUAACAAAAAAACAACAACAACUCAAAAGCAACAUGUAUGCAUAUAGCCACCUAUAUAUAAAUAUAUAUAGUUUUGAUAUAUAUGAUAUAUUUUUUACGUAUGCUUUCUCUAACAGCGCCAAAAUCAGAAACAACUUUGACAACUGUAGCGACCACGACAGCCUCAAGUAUGUUGGAAAUAUUUUUUUUUUUAUCAAUUUGACUUGGCUAAUUAGAAAUUGAUAGAUGUAACAUGCAAUGUUCCCUUUAAGCUGCGCCGCGGCCGCGCAGCUAUCUCACAGUACCUGCGCAGCAAAUUUCCAUGUAAGUGUGUGUUUGUGGGCUGUAAAAUUGUGCACCCCCCAAAAAAUUGAUGCCGUAAAACUUUGCACACAUUGGUACGAUUUUGCACACGAACCUCGGAGGGAACAUUGAUUACAUGUAAUAAUAUUACUUUAGAGGGUAAUCAGCAGAUUGUUGGUAAUAUUUUGAAAAAAGAAGGGGUGGGAGCGGCGGGGAGUUGGAUGAGUUCUACUUCAUUCGGCGCACCAUAAAACUCUAAAUGUAUACCUGACAAGAUGCAUUUUUGCAAGUCAUUUAUUAUUACAAUAUCAUUAUAAUUUUUAAAUAAAAUUUUUUUUUUUUCUUUUUUUGGGGUGUAGGGUUGGCACUACGUCCCACAUUGGGCACGCCACUGGCACAGGUUGCCGAUCCCCGCUCUAAAUAAAAUAUUAUUGACUGAAAACAUUCUUUCGCAUUUCACAUAUGAAUUUAGUUCCCUAUAGGCAAAUUUUAGGCAGUGGCGUAGAUAGGGAUUUGGGAGUUUGGGGGGGGGGGGCUUGACCUUUUUAGGGGCCCCUGAAUUUGACGUUUGACAUUAUGCAAUGUAAAAAAAAAUUUCGGACACUCCUUUGGGGGCCCCCCCUCAAGUACGGGUCCGGGGGGACUUUCGAAUUUGGACACUCCCCUACCCUAGCUACGCCACUGAUUUUAGGCCAAUCUUGAAAUUAUAUUUACAGCAUGUUAUUAUUCAACGUACAUGGCCACAUUGCUAACACAGUAAACAUUUCAUUUACGUACAUGACACUAACACAUCAGCGUUGGCGUAGAUAGGUCUAGUGUGCCGUCUGGGGUGGGCCAAGAGUUCUGCCACACCUUUCCAUGAAAAAAUACUCUACAGUUGGCCAAAAACUUCUGCUUUUCUAUGAAGAGGGGGGGCCGGGGAGUUGCCAUCCAAGGUGGAUAGCUCUCUGCGCUCCCCUAGCUUCACGCCAGUGCACGUACGAUACAUACACAGUGAUGUAGUUGAAUAGCUUCGGAGACGGUACACCGUGCUGAGUUUUAGUUUUAAGCUCGUCAGAUGCUAUCGAAACCAAAGCCCCAAAUUAGGUUGAGCUCUUCUAUUAAAUAGAUCGCAUAAGUCACACACCGUAUAGGUUGCACUGCCGUAUUCCUCAAAUCAAAGCAUCGAUUCAACACAGUGUCACACUUAACAUUAUUGUAGUGUGCCGCAGUUGUCCUCGUUCUGCAACAAUGGUAUGACCAUUUUGGGUGACCACUUAAAGUGACCCUUUUGUUUGAUCAUUGGCUGUGAUCAUCUAGUUCAAUCCUUUGGUUUGACUAUCUAAUGUGAUCAUUUUUGUGUGACCAUCUAGUGUGAUCAUUUUGUGUGACCAUCUAGUGUGAUCAUUUUGUGUGACUAUCUAGUGUGAUCACUUUGUGUGACCAUCUAGUGUGAUCAUUGUGUGUGACCAUCUAGCGUGAUCAUUUUGUUUGACCAUCUAGUGUGAUCAUUUUGUUUGACCAUCUAGCGUGAUCAUUUUGUGUGACCAUCUAGCGUGAUCAUUUUGUUUGACCAUCUAGUGUGAUCAUUUUGUGUGACCAUCUAGCGUGAUCAUUUUGUGUGACCAUCUAGCGUGAUCAUUUUGUGUGACCAUCUAGUGUGAUCAUUUUGUGUGACCAUUUAGUGUGAUCAUUUUGUGUGACCAUCUAGCGUGAUCAUUUUGUUUGACCAUCUAGCGUGAUCAUUUUGUGUGACCAUCUAGCGUGAUCAUUUUGUUUGACCAUCUAGCGUGAUCAUUUUGUGUGACCAUCUAGCGUGAUCAUUUUGUUUGACCAUCUAGCGUGAUCACUUUGUGUGACCAUCUAGUGUGAUCAUUUUGUGUGACCAUCUAGUGUGAUCAUUUUGUUUGACCAUCUAGUGUGAUAAUUUUGUGCGACCAUUUAGCGUGAUCAUUUUGUGUGACUAUCUAGUGUGAUCAUUUUGUGUGACUAUCUAGUGUGAUCACUUUGUGUGACCAUCUAGUGUGAUCAUUUGGUGUGACCUUCUACUGUGAUCACUUUGUGUGACCUUCUAGUGUGAUCAUUUUGUGUGACCAUCUAGUGUGAUCACUUUGUGUGACCAUCUAGUGUGAUCAUUUUGUGUGACCAUCUAGCGUGAUCAUUUUGUUUGACCAUCUAGCGUGAUCAUUUUGUGUGACCAUCUAGCGUGAUCAUUUUGUUUGACCAUCUAGCGUGAUCAUUUUGUGUGACCAUCUAGCGUGAUCAUUUUGUUUGACCAUCUAGCGUGAUCACUUUGUGUGACCAUCUAGUGUGAUCAUUUUGUGUGACCAUCUAGUGUGAUCAUUUUGUUUGACCAUCUAGUGUGAUAAUUUUGUGCGACCAUUUAGCGUGAUCAUUUUGUGUGACUAUCUAGUGUGAUCAUUUUGUGUGACUAUCUAGUGUGAUCACUUUGUGUGACCAUCUAGUGUGAUCAUUUGGUGUGACCUUCUACUGUGAUCACUUUGUGUGACCUUCUAGUGUGAUCAUUUUGUGUGACCAUCUAGUGUGAUCACUUUGUGUGACCAUCUAGUGUGAUCAUUUUGUGUGACCAUCUAGCGUGAUCAUUUUGUUUGACCAUCUAGUGUGAUCAUUUUGUGUGACCAUCUAGCGUGAUCAUUUUGUGUGACCACCUAGCGUGAUCAUUUUGUGUGACCAUCUAGUGUGAUCAUUUGGUGUGACCUUCUACUGUGAUCACUUUGUGUGACCUUCUACUGUGAUCACUUUGUGUGACCAUCUAGUGUGUUCAUUUUUGUGUGACCAUCUAGUGCAAUCAUUGUGUGUGUUAAUUUUGUGUCCCCAUUUGGUGUGACCAGUUUGUAAAGCUAAUAAUAUAUUGUUUCGUCUGUCAUUGAGCGGGCAGGUUAGCGGCGACUACGUACUCGUCAACUGGCUUAUGGUGCCGUAAAACCCCAUCACCAUCACAACCGUUAUAUAAUCAUUAUAGUGCAUUGUCACAGUUACAUCCCUUGUGUUAUCAUUCCGGGGAAACCCGUGUUUACAGUAGGCCCUACUCAGCUAUCAGAGGUCAUGUUGUUUUGUUUAUAACCUCCCACUGAAAUCUAGACACGAAGGCUAGCAGACGUAUUAGCUUUCCUUGUCUUAGAAAAAGUAGUCUAGUACUAAAUUAUGUAAUAACCACCACACAGAGGCGUAGCGAGGGGGGCAGGGGAGGACAGAUCUCCCCGGGCGCAAGCUAGUUAGGGGCGCCAAAAUGUGCUUUGAUAUUAUAUUAUUGGUAAAAACAAUGGAUUUGAGAGUUUAAAAAAAUAAAAGGGGGCGCUUUAAAGUGGAUCUUGUCCCCGGGCGCGAAUCUUGUCCCCGGGCGCCAAACACCCUCGCUACUCCUCUGCCACCACACCACCAACAACAACCACGACGCAAUCAGAUCAGCACGUGUCCCAAAAUCACUUUGUUAAUGUCAUUUCUAUAUCUGCAGCCAAAUGCGCAGCUGGGCGAGGUUACAGCUUGAGAACCAGCAGCUGUCAAGACUGCAGCUCCGACGAGUACAACAACGGCAGUCUGAACUACUGUAUUUACUGUCCUUACAAGACGACGACAAAGACGUCGUGCAUGUCUUCUGAUGGCGGUAAGAACUGAACAAAGUUUUCCGAGCUUCGUCGAUGCACGUUGUAUCACAAUAAAAUUCAAGCAAUCGAUUUUAUGUGACGCUUGAAACAUCACGAACACCCUAUUGGUCGAACACCCUAUUGGUCGAACACCCUAUUGGUCGAACACCCUGUUGGUCGAACACCCUGUUGGUCAAACAUUCUGUUGGUCGAACACCUUGUUUGUCGAACACCCUGUUGGUCGAACACCCUGUUGGUCGAACACCCUGAUGGUCGAACACCCUGAUGGUCGAACACCCUAUUGGUCGAACACCCUAUUGGUCAAACACCCUAUUGGUUGAACACCCUAUUGGUUGAACACCCUAUUGGUCGAACACCCUAUUGGUCGGAACACCCUACUGGUCGGAACACCCUACUGGUCGAACACCCUAUUGGUCGAACACCCUAUUGCUCGCAGGGCUGUGCCGAUGAAAAGCUGCUCCCCCACCCCACCCCACCCCCUUUUUUUCCCUCGCACGAUAGCCUUUAUUGAGAAGUAAUCUUUCAUAAGGUAAAUUAUAAAAUAAGAACACUGAGGAAAUAUUGUGUUGUGUUGUCAGUGUUGUAAGUAAUAAUAAGGAGACCAUUCUUACUUUUUUUUUUUUUUUAAACGGCGGGCUUACUGGCUUCUGGGUUUUCGACAGUUGUCACAGGCCGAAACCAGUAGCCCGCGCAGUUUGACUACCAUUUUCUAAAAUAAUAUUAUUUUAACAAAUUAAUCAAGAGAUCGAGCUCAUCAAUAAAUAAAUGACACAACUUAAAGAAAUAUUAUGAAUCCAAAUUGGCAACACCGUUAAUUGAUCGCCAGAAGGGGUUGUUUUUUUUCUCCACACGAACGGCUCAUUGACAGUGACAGGAGAGCUCUCGGUGUAAUAACAAAUAAUUGUUUUAUUUUUAGACCAGACCUGCACAACUCGAAAUGUAAGGUUGGCCGUAACGCAUUAUGAAAAACUUGUGCGGGCCAAAAUAGGACAGGACUUGUGCUGGCCAAAAAAAUAUAGGUCAGGGGGAAAGCUAUUAAGAAAAUAAAUAACGAGUUUUCGUUAUCUCGCGCCACUCGCGGGCCAGAAAGUGGUUGCUGGCGGGCCCCUGUGUAGGCCUGCUUUAGACGAUUUUAAAAUUCCUGGUUUUAAAUUUGAGAAUAUCCCUGUUUUGAUAAAUGGUCACCUUAUGUCCUUAAACUUAAAUAAGAAAAAUGACAGUUAUAAAAGAGUAAAGAAUGUAGGCCCCUACAUUUACAAUUUGCACAUUAUCGGCUGCCCCUCCAUGCAGCCAUAAAGACUUUCAGACUUUAAAUUACACAAUACGGGUUCAUACGGUCAGAGGCGUAGCGAGGGGGGCAGGGGGAGACAGAUGUCCCCGGGCGCCAGCUAGUUAGGGGCGCCAAAAUGUGCUUUGAUAUUAUAUUAUUGGUAAAAAUAAUGGGUUAGAGAGUUGAAAAAAAGAAAAGGGAGCGCUUUAAAAUGGAUCUUGUCCCUGGGCGCCAAACACCCUCGUUACGCCUCUGCAUACGGUAGUACUUUGAAGAAGACUUCAAACAAUCGAAUAAUUUAAUUUAUUGUUUUGUAAACUACGUGCCAUUUGUUUCAUACAUUGGAUGCCGAAAAGUACAAAGUAAUUGAAUUUAAUCAAUAGGCAUACUACCGAUAGAAAUGAAGAGUAACAGCCAUCAUGGCACAUGCAUGAUGCUUCAAAGAACUGAAACUGAUUAUUGUUGAAAUUCAUCCAUUGAAAAUGCAGAAACUUAUUAGCUGUAUACUAUACAGGGACCUACUUUAUGUUCCCACGCUCUAUCUGUCUGUCUCUCUCUCUCUCUAAUAUAUAUAUAAGUCUUAAUGUUUUAUAUGAUGGGUAAUUAAAAAAUCACCUUGCUACGUAUUUUUUUGCAGCCAAGUCUGGGAUGAAUUACGUUGAUCUGCAAGUAAUUCUUGAUUAUAAAUCUAGCGCUUGUCAAGUGUCUGACACAAUAUCUACUAAAAUAGCACAGCUUUUUGCAAGCAACAUAAACAGUUCAAAUCCCAACAGGUGAGACUGAGACAGUAAUUCAGUAAAGAGUAAAGUAAAGGGUAAAAAGUAAAUGUAAAAGUUUUUUUUUUAACAUUGGUUGCCGCGACUCGCGAACUUAUGUUGGCAAUGUAUCCCUCAACUUAACCUCAACCCUAAAUCUAUCCCUAAACCUAACCUGAACCCUAAACUAAUCACUAAUCCCUAACCUGGGUUUUGACCCUAUCGGAACCAGGGCCAGGGUACUAUCUUUUCCCAUUAGCCACAAUGGGGUAUAAUUAAUAAUAAAUUGAAUAGAUUACUUAUUACUCAGUGUUUGGAGAAAAGAAAUAAAUUUUAAGAGAUUGAAAUGGCAGUGCAAGUGUAAGAUGACAAUAACUUAUAAUAAGAUUAAUAAGUGGGAACAUUUAUGCUCCUAGGCUUGCAUCUUCAUGAGUUACUCAAUACAAAUCUUCAAUAGACGAUGAAAUUAUUAGUUAUCCUAUUAUUAUAAUAUUAUUUCAGUGAAUUCUGUCAAAAUCUGCCGUAUUGUGACAACAUUGUCUUCUCUGUGGAUAAAGCUGAUCAGUGCAAACUGGGCAACAGUUGUAGUAUUGCAGCAAAUUGUACAGAUUUCAUCACCAGGACCACUGUCAAUGUCUACAAUGUCCCGUAAGUUGUCAGAGUCUACCUACAGUCUACUGCAAAUUAAAGUGCAAAUGAUUGCAGUUAUAAUUUAAAAAAAACAACAUAUAAUUGACAAACCAGUAUUUUCAUUAAUUUAUUAUAUCUUCACUACAUAAAUUGAUUUUUUUAAUAUUUGCAAAAAUUAAAUUAAGUUAACAAGAUUUUUAAAAAGAGUAUCAUUUAUGUAAUCAAAACUUUGUGUCAAUUCAAAAGUGGCCUAUUUCCAUGACACUUAUAUUUUCAUUGCUGCAUUCUAGUAAAUAAUUGAUAUUAUAAUAAAGCCUAUUCUUUAUAUUGUUAAGUAAAUUGAUGCAAUUUUCAAAUCAUUAAAUAAUUAUUUAGAAUUAACUACUGGGUUAUGUUUUCAAAUUGCUUUCUAAUAGAGAGUAUAUGAAGAUCAGCACAGGGGAAAAACAAAAGGCCAUAGAGUUGCUGUUAGGGUCAUUCUCAAAUUUAUCACAAGUCAACUCUAAUCUAGGUUCACAGGUUUGUUGUUACUUCUUACUCUCAUUAUCAUAAUAACAAAUUAAUGGCUUUGAAGUUGUUACUUUUUAUGCUUUCAAGUAUUUUAUGACUUUGCAUGUUUGUUUCACAAAUAUUUAAAACAAACAAAAACAAACAUAUCAUUAAUAUCUCUUAUUUGCAUCUUAUUCUAGGGUUUAGUUUAAAUAGAAAACUUCCUUACUUCAUCCAUAAAACAUCAUACCCCUAUCACCUUCUCCAAUAUCAUGCAAGAACCCAAUAUAGGCCUACUUACACCACAGUUUUUAAAAGUCCACUUUACCAGUUCACAGAACUCCUGCCUAAUCCCACUACACCUCUUGAUAUUCUAGAUCAGGGGUAGCCAGCUCAAAGGGCAUCCCAGGCCAUUUGACUGCCAGUCAACGCUAAUAAUAAUUAGUGUCCAAUAAUAAAUAAAAUAAACCCUAAUUAACAAUGUGCAGAAUUAUUUAUGUAUUCUUAUUGCACAUAAAUAUCAGAGGAAAACACAUCUUCAAUUGACAAAAAAUAGAAGCACAAAAAAAAAAAACACAAACAAAAACUCAAAGAAAAUCUCUGUUUUUUAAAUUAAAUUAUAAUUCAUUCAUUGUAAAAAUAUUGGCUAUGACAAGAAUGAAAAAAAGCGUAAAUCAAAUGAAGAAAUUUAUUUUUACCAGGCCGUGGUUGUUAAACCGUGGUGUAGAACCUAUAAAGCAUAAUCUAUGACUAAGAAAGACACUGACCAAGUGCCAGACUUCUGGAACUCACUCUCUCAUUUAUGGCAACUCCCUCAGUCGUUCUCAAAUUCUUUCAAUACUUGCUAUCAUGCCACAUUUAUUAUUUUUUCUGUUUUCAUCAUCAGUACAACUUGGUUGCAGUUCUACCACCUGUGAGCAGUAAUUCCACAGUAGUCGUGGGUAAAUAAUUUUUAACUGUUGUCUUGGACCAAAAAUAACACUAUUAAUAACAGUGAUCGAUUAUACAGCUGUUUUUUUUAAAGCAAAUUAAGUCUUUAUGUUACUAACUUUAACCAAAAAAUACUUCUGUCUUUGAUAUUUCGCAAACACCUUCUGGGAUGAUUGUCUAUCUUAUUUUCCAGUUAAUGCAUAAUGGCUGUGUUGCUUAUGGUUAAAAUGGCUAGAAAGACUUUGCCAUUGUAUGCUUGUAAUUAGUUUUUGUAGUGUUGUGUUUGUUUUAAAUGUGGUAAAUUAUAGAUUUUUUUUGUUGACUUUGUACCUCGCUUUGAGCCUUUGGGGAUGAAGCGUGUUUUUGAAAUGAACUUUAUUAUUAUUAUUAUUAUUAUUAAUUCUUGGGAUGAAAGUUAAUUUUUUUUAUGAGGGGUGGGGGAUGGUGUUGAUUCAUGUGGUGCUAUAUGCUUAUUCAUUGUUUUUUAUUUUAUUAAAGUAAUCUUAUUCUUCCUCAGGUAGAGAAAAUCGUACAGUGUAUUUAACGGCUGAGCUGGACUCUACCUUCACCACUUUACAGACCUUGUCAGAAGUAGUCAGAACUAAUGUAAGUUCAUUAGCUGUUAUUCUGUUUGAUUGCUUUGAUUGCUUUUUAACUGAUUAAUUUAAAUCAAUUUUUAUGUUAGAUUCUCCUAAAAAUAGAGGAGUAAUGUUAGUAACAGGAAGACAAAAAACUGCCCUAAACCUUUAUAAUUAACUUUAAUAAAAUAUGUAUUAUUCUUAAUGAAAUAUCAGAAAUUUAAACAAAAACUUUGAAACAAUUUGGACUUAAUGUAUUACUAAUUUUUAUGUUGCAGUCAAUCAAAGAAAUUGGCCAAGUUAUUUCAUCGUUUCUCUAUUCGCAAAUUGAGUAAGUUAAAAAAAAUUAAAAACCAUUAGGUCAUACUAUUUAGUCUGUUAUAGUAUUGUAGAACAUUGAUGGAAUUUUUUUUGGACCCAAGGCAGCAACAAAAUUUAUCUUCCUGGGCUGAAAUGGGAAUUAAUAAAUUUAAAUAAAUCCACCUUCUUGUUCAUCUAUUGGUCAGUCUGCAUAGAAUCUAUAAAGCACAAUCUAUGACUAACCACUGCGUCUUAUGCUUUAUUUCUUUACUUUUAGAAAUUAUAACAAAACUCUGGAUGGCUACACAACAUUUAAUGCCAGCCUGGUCUUCAAGUGGGCAGUCAACGAUGAUAUCGUUAAUGCCGUGGCACAAGCAGUCUUUACGUCACAUGUCAAGGUUUUUGGCAAGUUCGGGGAUUCAGAUUAUGCAUUUACUGGCCCUGUUUAUAUUUACAAGACAACAGCUGACAGGCUGGGUAGGAAAUCUGGUAGGUUUUCUUGUAUAUUGCACUCAAAAUUAAUGUUUAAAUAUUCAAUACAAACCAAAUAUUGUGUUUAUUGGACUUGAUAAUAUUUUUCAUCCCUUAAAAUAGCUAAAAGCUAUAGUUCUAAGAUUAAAAAGAAAAAAAACUUAAAUUAAUGUUUACCAUGCAUCCUUUAUUACAAUUAGGCAAAUUGUUUAAUCAUAUGUAGGCCUAUUGCUACGGUCUUAAUGUAGAAACAACAAUACAUAAAGAAUGUAUAUAACUUCAUAUAAAAUGAAUUUUUUUAAAUUGAGUUAUCCUAAGACCUUUCAAACUAAACAUUGUCGUAAAUUUUCUCGUUUGGGAAUGAUAAAAAAAGGACACACUUAAAAAUCAAACAAAAACCAUAAAUAAAGGCAUUUGGUUUGAAAAACUUUUUUUUUUUAAUCCCAUAUUAGCUCUCAAGUGGUGUGCAUUCCUAAAAAAUCUACAGCAAUCCGUCACAUUUGAUUUGUGUGGAUUGGAAAACACAUGCAAUGACACAGCUCUGUACUAUCAAU